UUGAUUUCCGUGUCAAUCUAUGGAUUCAGAGAAAAGUCAUUUGCUUCUCUUACAGAUUUGCUAUAUUUGUAUACGGAAUGACAAAGCCGCCUUAAUGCGUUUGUCACGUGCAGUAUACAGGAUGAAGCUAAAGCGCGGAUCGGGGUACCGCGUACUGAGUAAAGCAAGGAGAACGGAGGAAAAGGCACAAGAUUUCAAGCAUCGAAACACCUCCGAGGGACUGGUAGUAGUAGGAGGCAGAUUACUGGUAAUGUGAUUGCUGGCGUAUUGAGCCAGUGUGGCAUACUGCUGGUAGCUGGCAAAUUGCUACAGUUAAUUAAUACAUAAUACAUAAAUAUAAUUAAAUUGUAUAUGCCAAUAACCGAGGAAGGUAUGCAAAGUAAUAUACUUGGUCCUUAUUCAUACAAUUAAGUUCGAUGUUUUGGUAAGUUUCAGCUUUGGAAACUUUGGCUAACAAAAGCUAAUAUAUUAUUAUACGUAAACUUUAGACGUAAUAGACCCGCGGUCAUCUCCCUGCUAUAGCACUUAAAGGACUAUUUCCCUUUCUUCCUUUCUGGUCCGUUUUUCGUGGUAGCGUCUCUCUCUAGUUCUUAAUAAGUUACAUUUUACAGUUUUUUUUUUCAUUGCAACUUAUUAACAAUCCGCGAAUACCAUCAUUUUAAUUUCUACAGUCCAAAUAUGCAUCUGCAACAACCGUAAUAUUAUAUCCUAUAGUCUAAAGCUACUGAAGUAUAAUCAAACCAGCAUGGUUUCCACUGCCGUUGAAACAAGGUCCAUAGGACGCGCUCCGUACCACAUAAAAACGAGCCCGCAUAAUUAAACGCCUAAAAUUGCUAGCUAGCUGUAGCUCAAGCUGUGACACAGUCUACUCAGUAGGGUUAUAUUUUGUUAACAUAACCGCACUAGAUCCGAGACCACAUUACUUAGUGUUUACGCCUAGAAAAAUAACCCAUAGUUACAACCAUAAAAGCAAAAAUAACGAUCACGGCAAAAAAAGGAGAGUAUGCUUUAUGAUUGCCAUUUGUGUUGCGUCGUAGGAAAUCGGAAGAUCACCCACGCUCGUUCGCGCGAUAACUCUGAACUGUAUGAAAGCUACCUGUAGGGCCGUUCAGCGAGAUUGGUCCGUUUUCCUCAAGGUGAUUGUAGGUCGUCUAUGGUAGAUCGCAGGUGGAAAACCUGAAACUUGACAAGCAAGCUAUUGCUAUAUCGUUGCGCUGUGAGUGUUUUUUGUGAAAGUACUUGUUUCCGGAUCCGAGCGCGAUUAUGGGGAAAGUUGCAAUUCAAGAUAACAAGGGCCAAUCGGCAACAUUGGUUAGGACACAUAAAUCACACAGGCCAACUGCUAAAAAAGUUACACGCAGACAAAGGAAGGAGAAUAUCAAAGGUAGUGUUUUACGGUUGCCGUUGUACAACUUAUGCGUGCGGGGGACCACUCCCUGGUGGACCAGUACAAACGAUCCAGUAGCUCCGCGAAAAAUAAAAAUCAUGGAUAAUGCAGCGGCCGAUCGAGUAGAAGCUCCCGAGAUACCCCUGCACGACGUGUCCAGCGCCGAAGAAGAAGAGAGAAUCCCGGCAAAGUAUUGGCAUUACCGCCAACAGCAACAAACGCCAUUCAACGUCGGUGGGUCCGUCAACACCGUGAACAAUUUCACACCUGGCCUGCUAAUGGCCAUAGAAAACGGACCUGCAUUUUCAAUGAUCGAAUCGCCUCCUCCGUUGGCCUCUGGGAAACAGAUCUGUCAGUACGGUUUUCCUAAUAUUGUACAAGUGACGCCCACAACAACGCGUCCAUCAGCUGUGGUAACAAGGAACAGCGCUAUGCCCGAUUCGUCGUUGAAGGGGGUUGAAGAGUUUGAAAAGAUGUGUCGGGCAAAAUGGACAAAUGUGCGGGAAUCAUCACUUUUAUCAGACGACAAGGCUUCGACUAUGCUAAAAGUUCACCAACGGCCUCCCACGCCGUUCCCACUUUUAACAGGGACACCUUCCGAAAUUCGUGCCAAAAAGUGUCCUGAAUUACAGCUUCCGAGGUGCACAAUAAACCGACUUUCGUUUCAAGAACGCCUUAACAACUUGAAGGAAAAAGCCGAACCAUACAACGCUCCGCUCGAGAUCUCGUCGUCGGAUUGCGACGAAAACAUUGCGUCCGUACUAACGAGCCCGCAGAAAAUUGAAAUAACUGCAGAAACGAGCGUGGACGUUGAUGAAACUGACAUUUUGGCCGUCGUCGAGGCAUUAGUGAUCACCACAUGUCGUCUCAGUCACCCUUGCUUGCAAAAAUUUAUAACAGGAAAAUUGUGCAACGAUUUCCUGGACUACGAUCGAUAAGAUGUGAGCCAGGAAAACGGAAGAGGUCCCUCGAAUAACAGGAGCAAACACCGACUGUAUUGAAAUCGUGAAGUCAUCUCAAAACUGCUAGAUCUGUUAAGAGAUAUUUUAAUGAUAACCUUCUAUGCGCGGAUAGUUUUCCUAUUCUGAAGACGAUCUCUACGCUUAGGGCUAGGCCUUAUGGACAGCAGGAUAAGUUAUUCUAGCAACAUGGAUUCUCACAAAAUUGCCCAAAUAUUCCCGAGGGAACUACUGGAAGUGAGUGCGCAUUAAACGCCUAUAUUUAAUCGAAAAUACGCAGCUCUUAUGUACAGAUUUAUAUAUCUCAUUAUAUUCUAACGUAAUAUAUAGUCUAAUUUACGUGGAUUUUUGUACGACUCAAGGUUAGUUGUGAUGUCCUAACAGGCACCCGGUAAGUGUUGUUUGUCCGUACAUUGUGCAAUAGUUUAAAAACUCUGGUCGAAAAGUACGGUUGCUAUUCAAACGAGCUGCGCACGUACUUUAAUUUUGCGUCGUUCGUCACUGUAUAUCGUCACUGUGUAUUUAUAUAUACUACGAAUCUUUCUUCGCUUACGAGCCAUUCUUUAGUUCCUAAUAUCGGAUCCUACGUGAAAAAACACUUGCACUUAUGAGUGUCACGUGUUUUUUUUCUAUUUUUGUGAUAAACAUUUACAUUUAGUGAUUUACUUAAAGUCACUGAAUAUUUUCAUAAAUAACAACAUAUGACUGAAUCUAAGGGUUGUUCAUUUCAGAGGAUCCUGCCCCCUAACGCACAGACCACCACAAUCGAAGCGAACAGAGUCCCAAUAAAGCAAAAAAAAAGUCGAUGCAGCCGUUAAGCUUAUAUAAUUUUUGUCCAUUGGUGGCGCGGUUUGCCUUACGGGUGCUUACGACGACUGGCAUUCAGUUCUGGAGAAGGGGAAACGGUUAACGGGAAUGAAGCCAUUAUUAAUUAUUAGGCUGCUUUUCUACACGUCAUUCGCUAAGUAUUCGAAACAUCAGGCGUUUUUUUAAACAGGUAAUUAUAUUCAGACCGAAUAAAUACUGGUAAAGUUAAGAUCCGGCGUUACACAUUAGGUACUCCAGCCCUUAAGUAUUUCCAAGCAAAUCAGUACACAAAGGGAUGCCAGUGCUAUCUCAUUAUGCCCUCUCAUAGUAUUUUUAAUCACCGUUUUAGGGAUCUGACAUAUUCUCAUUGUAAAUAUAUGUAAUAUAUAACAAUUUCUAAAUUUGUAUAUGUACAUAUAUAUAUAUAUAUAUGUUUGAUAGUGCGAUAACAUUUGAUAACGAACCUUAGGAUAAGGAUAAGAAAUGCAUUUAUUUGCGACGAUAUAAAGUCAAUAUUCUUGGCCCAGAAAUAACCUUGCUGUUUGUCGUCUUCGCCUUCUGAAAAAUGUGAUAGAUUGCGUACAAAGCAUCCUACAGAAACCUAAGUCACCUCAAACAAAUUCAGCUAACGGCACGGAUUAACAUUGAAAGCUAACAAAAUCGAUAAAUACCUGCGAAUCUGUCAUGACAAAUUUACACUAGAUUCAGGUAAAUAUCGCUCGAUGUUGGAAUAUGAAAUUUAGUAACGUACAAUCUAGCCAAAAUGUUGGUGAUAUUUGCCUCUGAACACCGAACCCAUGUCAAGACUUCAAUAAAAGCCGUCAGUUUUCGUACGUCAAUAAGAAACGUAUGUAAGCUAUGUUGAAUGUAUGUAAACAUCUUGUUAAAAAGUUUGUUUUCCGUCUCACAUAGUUCUAAGGCGUCAGGUGCAGAUAGAAUAUAUAAAACAUUCUAUAGAACGUUUGACGCAUUUUAGGUUACUAGAUAAUCGUUGAUUUUACCAAGCAAGUAAAUAAUAUAGCUAAGCGUGGAGGCAGGUAAAUGUUAUUCUUUUUUUCAAAAAAAGUCUAUUGACCUUUGGUUGAUAAUUACUCAAAACGGCGCCAGGCAACACAGACUAAAUUAAAUUGUUUGUGUUAUUUGGUGAAAGUGUCAAGCUUUUACCUCCUGUACUGCUGCUAAACAUUGCUUCAGACAGCUAGACCCAGCAUAUAACAGAGCUACUAUACUAAGGCCUAGAAAAUCGAUUUUUCUUCUGUAGGAUUUCUAACUCGUUGGCUAAUAUCGCUAAAAAUACAAGGAACGAAACGAAGCCUUAUUACCCUUUUACAAACGUGUAUCCAGUUAUAAAUUACCAAAGGCCUAUUUUGGUAGCGAGUGAAAAUCCGUUUAUUUACAAAUACCCAAGGCCAAUAUUUGAAAAAUCCCAUUGUUAAAAGAUUCAAGUGUUUUUUAUCAAAGGCUGUAUCAGCAUGCCUUUCCCUUUGUCGGGUGCGCGACUUACGAUGGAACAGUACAUUGCGGCGACUUUUGCUACGCUAUAAUAGAAACAACCAUGGUACUAAAAAAAAACUCCAAUAGAAAAAAACGAAAAAACGCGUCUAAAGCUUUUAAAAAAUCGACAUAUGAAAUACAAACCUUAAGUAAGAAACUAUUAGGCACAAAGAACUUGAUAUUCCUGUAAGCGGAUUUAUAUACAUAUAUAUAUAUGUAUAUAUAUACAAAAAUCGACAUUGCUCUUUGUUAAAAGCGCGCUUAAAAAGACCAUCAGCGCAUCUUAUCAAUCGCUAUCAUUACUAUAGCUUGCACUACUAUAUGCAACAACAUAUUAUUUUGCCUGUAACUAACACAUUCGGAAGUUUCCCAUCCAUGCCCGUUCUCAUUAAUCCCAAAGAGCCGUCUGUAGUUUGUAUUAUGUGUAGAGGAUUUUCAAAAAACCGUAGCGGUUUCUAAAAAAACAAAUUUUUUCUUUAGCGUUUUGUUUGUUGCAUGUAUGGGACCAAUUAAUAUAGAUUAGGAAUAGGUUGUGCUAGUCUUCUAGUCCACCCUAUACAACUUUAUGAAUUGUGCGGGAACUAACUCAGUCAUCGACUGCGUUUACCGUCUGAGGAUCUAUCGAUUCGCACCACCUCUUUCAAUACUGAUGCACGGACCUGCGCUAAUUUCUUGGCUACCGUAAGCAUAAUUUAAUUUUUGCCAUGGCAUCAGAACCCAGACACAAUCAAAUUUUCAUUCCAAAGAGAGCAAAACAGUCAGACCACCUAAUGGAGCUCCAUGUUUUCGCUUGUAAAUAUCACUUACCACUGCAACAUUAAUGUUACUGCCGCAUAGUAGACCUCCGUUAGGUAAGUUCGACGAAAAAGCAUAGAGAAUAUUUAUCUGGAAACUAGAGCGAAAAGCUUACCAAUUUUGUCAAACCGUAUGUAUAUAUAUAUAUAGUUCGUGGCAUUUUUCAUGCCCUCAUCACCAUUCAGUACGAAUUUUAUUCAUGGAGUUCGCAUUGUUUAACUACACAUGACUUAAGUUUGUAUAAGUGUAUGAUGAUAUGCUCAUCUUAUGUCCCUGGUAUAGCUACGGUUAAGAAUGCUGAUUGAGAAUAAACCACCGACGAGGUCUUUACUGAUUGCCGUAUAGUCUUCAAGUGUAAAUUUUCCCGCUUCAUUUUUCUCCAAAAGGCAUUUUGCACUGUACACAUUAAAAUAAUAAUACCUGAAAAUUUGAAAAUAAUUUAGAGAAUAGAGAGCAAGGAGUGAUUCGAACAAAAAAAUGCCCUUAUGUACACAUUCAGAUUUUGAUUAGGGGUUCGCAAGGUAAACGUGUCUUCUGCUAUACUGGGAAAAGCAUUUUCAUGCGGAAAACUUGAAGAGCUCUAACAAGUACCACAAACUCUGUUAGAUUUAUGAACUUUACACAGUUUUUUACUCAUGUUAAACUGUGAUCUAUCUACUGUGUUAGCUUUCCUAGAUUUAGAUUAAAGUUUUAAUGUGUCUUUUAAGGAAAUUCGUAUCGAAAUAUCCGGCGUGACCACGUAAUCUCCAUCGG